AUGUCCGUCAAUCCCUUUCCCGCCCAAGCCUCUUCCUCGCCGGUCGGUCGGAAUCGCACUUCCAUUCUGUCCAAGUUUCGCUCGCAGCUCGGCCAACGGAAUCGUGGUAUUACUGAUUUCUAUAUCGAACCUGACGAUCCCUGGCGCUCCUACUUCCCCGGCGAUGUAAUUAAGGGAACAGUGGUGCUUACUGUUGUUCGGCCUGUUCGCAUUACGCACUUGGUGAUCUCCUUGCAUGGCAUUGUCAAGGUGUUCAAGAAUAAUGUGCCAGCAGGCGAGACUCCUCCGGAUGUUGGGUCUCUGGGUCCUGGACGCGGGCGUCGAGGCGCAGAGUAUCUGGGAAACGGUGUCGCAACACUAUUUGAAGAUGAAGUGGUUCUCUGCGGAGAAGGUCGUCUCAAGGAAGGAAUUUACAAGUUUCGUUUUGAGAUGUCAUUUCCUCCGUAUGCACUUCCCAGCAGCAUCACGUUCGAACGAGGGACCAUCUCCUAUAUGCUUACAUCCACCCUAACGAAACCUACAACUAUAAACCCGACCGUUUCAUGCCGAAGGCGAAUCAACUUACUAGAAAACAUCGAUAUCUCUACUUUUCCAGCUCCCAAGGCUCGGGUAGUUACCCUUGAGCCUAUUUCCCGACGCUCAAAGUCCAAAGGAAAAGCCAAGACGGCGACGUCCGAUGCGCCCGAAUCAGGAUCUAUGGAACUUUCGGUGAAUGGGGGAACUGCCACCUCAGACCACCGCCCUCCUCUCAGCCCGGCCCCCAGCAAUGUGAGCUCAUCUAGCCGGCUCAGCACUAGCAGCCAGAGCUUUCAGAUCGUCACAGAUCCAGGGUCAACCGCCAGUAGCGGUGUGCGUAAUAGUGAAGCCCGGAGCAUCACGCCUUCUGUCUCUGACAAAAUCAUUACCGCCAAAGCUGAAGUGUUGCGCGCUGGCGUGCUUCCUGGUGACACCUUGCCCAUAAAAAUCACGAUCAGCCAUUCAAAACAAGUGCGCAGUGCGCAUGGCAUCAUUAUAACCCUCUAUCGACAAGGUCGUAUCGACCUCCACCCUGCGAUCCCUGUUGGAGUCACGGCGGAUGGCAAGAAGCCGCGUUACGAAGACUAUUAUCCCCGUUCUCGAACCGGCCUUGGUGGUCUCUCCAUCGGCACUACUCGUACCAGCAGUGUCUUUCGAAAAGACUUGACGCAAUCAUUCGCGCCUCUUGUCGUGGACCCGACAACGCUGACUGCUGAUAUCAAGACCUCGAUUCGCAUACCUGAAGAUGCUUUUCCAACCAUCACACGCACGCCAGGCAGUAUGAUCAAUUUUCGGUAUUAUGUCGAGGUUGUCGUUGACCUCCGCGGUAAACUCACCUCGCCCGACAGAUUUCUGCCUCGAUUCAACCUGGUAUCUUCUGGCCGCAACUUUUCCUCCAGUGGAAAGAUAGUGAACGCGGCUGAUACCACUGGUGGUGAUGUUACGGCUAAUUGGGGAGGCAAUAUUCUGGAUACGGACCAGAUUCGUCGUGAGAAGGGAGUUGUUGCCGUCGCCUUUGAAGUAGUCAUUGGGACACGAGACUCUCAGCGACGAAAGAGUGAAGCUCGGCGCACAUCAUCCGCUGCAGAGGGCUCCGACAUUCAACAACCAGCCGAACAUAACCCAGAAGGUGAAUUCUGGGGCCCUGACCAGCACCAUAUUCCAGACGCGGAGUAUCCGCUGCCGGAGACCCCUGGAUUUGGACAGGAGCAGCUACAAUGGCCAGAGUAUCCGGAACAGCAACAGCAACAGCACCAGCACCAGCACCAACACCAACAGUAUCAAGCCCAUGGAGGCGUGCUUCCGAGUCCUGAGUCUGAUCAGCCCAUGGAUGAAAAAGAACGGUUACGGCGUGCGGAACAGACGCUCCUACCCAGUCAACCGCCGGGUGAUCCAGAGGCUGGACCAUCGUCAGCGGCGGAGGCUACAAUGCCGACUGCGCCCGUGCUUCCGGAAGAUGAUCACAUCAAUGACUAUCACCAUCUCCCGUCGCCAGGAGUGAACGGAGUAAACGGGAUGUCGCCUGCUCUGAUGUCUGCCGAGUCAGUACAAACCGUGGUUGCAGGAAGCAGUACAACACCCAUUGAUAGGCCUUCGGCACCUGGAGAAGAUAAGCACGAGCUUGAGCGUCAGCGGCUCCUAAUGGAAGCGAGUGCGCCGCAAGAUCCGGAUGGCUUACAUGGCGAACAUGCAGAUGAUGGACCUAGUGCACCUGUUUUCCACGAUGAGGAUGGCGACCAGCAGCUUGUUGGUGGGGCUGCAAAUGGGGACGAGCUAUUGCCACGAUAUCAAAGGUGA